AUGUACACAUUCCCACUCCUCCUAGGCAUCCUCGCCGCAACAAAAGACCUAGCCCUAGCCAAACCCACCCAAAAAUGGGGCCUACGAGAAUUCAAUAACCUCGUUACCUUCGGUGACAGCUACACAGACGACACGCGAGCAUCCUACUUCUACGCCCACAACGGAUCAGCACCACCAGUAGGCUGGAAACAACCCGAGUCCAACUCCUCCGCCUCAGGCGGCUACGUAUGGGGCCACUACGUAGCAGCAGCUACAAAUGCAACACGACACAACUACGCCGUCAGCGGAGGCGCAUGCUCUAACAAAAUCACCCCCCGGACAAUGUCCGGCCUGAACAUGUCCUUCCCGUCUGUUCUAGAAUACGAAAUCCCGGCCUUCCUCGCAGACACCCAAUACGUAGAUUCCCAGGGGAACAAAUUUCUCGACAUCCCGGCCGACGAAACCGUCUACGCGAUCUGGAUCGGGACCAACGAUCUAGGCAAUUAUGCCUUUCUAACUGAUUCCCAGGUCCAGGGGAAGGUCAUCCCAGAUUACAUAGAAUGUGUCUAUGAGUCCCUGGAUCGGGUUUAUGAAAGCGGAGGCCGGUACUUUGUAUUGAUGAAUCUGGCCCCGUUGCAGUUGACACCGCAGUAUGCUUUGCUGGAGAAUGGGGGCGCGAAGACUGUCUCGUGGUGGCCUGAUAAGCCUAGUAACCAGACUUUAAUUAGUUAUCGGAUGUGGGAGCAGGUAGUUAAUGUUAAUGAGGUGUUUCGGUAUAGAACGCCUUUCGAGGUCUUGGUUGCCGAUAGGUAUCCGGGGGCUGGGGUUGCUGUUAUGGAUAUGUAUGGGUUGUUAUCCGAUAUCUACUAUAACCCUGAUGACUGGUUCGGAGACGUCGGUGCCAAUGUAACCGGGUUCGUGAAGCAUUGUAAUGCCGAGGGCGAGGAUUGUGUUCGGUUACAAGACGAGGAGAACUUCAUGUGGUUUGAUGAGUUGCAUCCAUCUCAAACAACGGAUAAAUUUAUUGCGGAGGAGUUUGUGAAGGUGGUUAAUGGGGAGAGUCAAUGGGCGACGUAUUGGUGA